AAGAUUGGGACUUCACUAUCUUUGAAUCCGAACUGGGUUUGCUUCAGUUCCAGAAGUGGAAACCGUUCUGUAAUGAAAUGGAACAGCACUCGGGAAGCCUUUCACUUAAGUUAUUUGGCCUUCCAUUUCACCUGUGGAGUGAGCUAAACUUGGAGAAACUGGUUACGUUGCUGGGAAGAACUGUGGUGGAGUUUAACCUUCAAGAUCUUGUAGCUGCCGAGGUCAAGGUUGCAGGAGUGAAACCAGAAAUGAUACCCAGAUCUGUUGAAGUGUUUUCAGAAGGUUGCUGGUAUCAUGUGUGGCUAGUUUCGGAAGUGGAAGUGUCUCUUUGGGGAAGAGGUUCCAAGGUUGAAGAUGCUGACGUGGCGGGCUGGUACACACGUGGCGUACACUCGGUGGUGAAUAACAAGGGCACGCAGAGAAGUCCCGUCCCCAUGGGGAAGCUGAAAAGUUAACUAAGGAAAACCAAAUGUCAAAACUUUCAAAAAAUUUCAAAUUAAUUGGUGAGAAGGUGGGCCGGUUUUCCUUUGCUGACGUGGCCAAAAGAAGGGGUGGGUCGGUCAAUUAUAAGGGGCGCAUGGGUGACUCCGAACCAAACCAGGUUAGACCCGGUUCUUUUUUGAAGGUUUUAGCCGGCCCACGUGACUGUUUAAGUGAUCACGUGGGUAGGGGCUUGUCUCGUGUGACACUAGACCGAAAGAAUGGUCUAGCUUCUUCUCCACCGAAGCCUGUUAGGGCUGGUUUCGACCAGACAUUGAAGAUAGGCUCCAGACGCCAGUUGUGGUGGUCCGCGCGCUCAGAGGAAGUUUUGCAAGGUGCAGAGCAUUCCGUCUCAGGCUGGCGAACUCCAAGGAGUGCUCAAGCUAGUGCGUUUGCUGGGAAGGAAGCGGUUUUUGAUCGGGUGGCUUGCGGUGUGGAGGGGGUUGAUGAAGAAGAUGAAUCGGUUGGCUCUACCAGUCUAGAUAGUGUAAGGGAAGAGAUCUGGAAGCUAGAAGAAGUGGAAGACACACUAUACCUAGGGCUCCUCUUUUCGGAAGAAGCUGGAAAUGAAGUCCUUGGUGAGAAGCCCCUAACCGUUGGAGAAGAGGAGGUCAAGUUAGCAGAUUGCAAACAAGUGCGUGGGGAAGGAAAUCUGCUCUCAAAGACAGAAGCGCCUUUGCCGAACCAGUUUGCUAGGCAGGAUGUAUGUAAGGAAGGAAUUGAGGCUUCCCAGUGGCAAAACAGGAACGCUUCAGCAAGGAAUAAACAGUUGGGUACAGAGAGUAGUCCAUGUGAUUUACAACAGAGAGGAAAUUUAUCAGCCCAGUUCCAUCUCGAGGGUUUAGGACACACUCACAAACCAAUACAGGGAGUGCCGGAUUCCACUCUCAAACCCUGUAACCCUCCUUGGCUUCAGCAAAAGUCAGGUAUCUGUGUCCAUUCGUUUUGUGUUACUAAUGACUGUCUCUUGUCUGCUGUGCCAGAUUCAAUUCCCAUUCCAGAGGAUGAAGCUCGUGGUGGAGUAGAGGAAACAAAGGAGAGGAGUAGAAGUGGUGAGGGUAGGGGUAAAGGUGAAGGGGCAGAGGAAGGUAGAGACAGAGAUACAAGACUUUGGGAAAUUUUUAGGAGGUUUGUGGAUGAGCUUGGGGAAAAUAACACACAAAAGGAGAGGGCAGAAGUUUUAAUUUCUGGGGUAGGAGGAGGUGAAGAAAUAAAUGAGGAUGGGGGCUCUGAAGGGCGAGAGGUUACGAAGGUGGAUGGUGAGGAUACUGUGGCAGAUUUUGUGCGGAAACUGGGGUGCAAAUUAAAAGACCCAAAUGAUCUCAAAUUUAUUCUGGAAAAAAAAGGAGGGGGGUAAGGUGAGGAAGAAAAAAUUGAAUGAGGUUGAAAAAUUGACGAGAGAUUUUGGAGGGGACAAGAAUGCUGGUAUCAAGGGGGAUAGAAGGAAAGGGGUAAAGUAUUGAGGCUUUGGGUUUGAAGGGAAAAGAAUAACUCAGUAAAAUGAAAAUUGUCAGCUGGAAUGUUAGAGGGUUGGGUAGUGCUAGGAAGAAGGGCAGUAAUUAAAGAUGCAACAAAAAAGGUUAACCCGGAUAUAAUUAUGAUUCAGGAGUCCAACAGAGUAGAGUUUGAUGUUAGGUGGGCUAGGAGUAUAUGGAGAACUAGGGGGGUUAGUUGGGGGAAUAAUAACUUUAUGGAAGAGUCAGGUGUGUAUAGCAAUGGAGGAAUUAAUAGGCCAAUUCUCAGUUUCCUUGAAAUUUAAGCACGUGGAGGAUGGAUAUGAAUGGGUGUUAACAAAUGUCUAUGGACCUAAUGAUUAUAGAGAGAGGAGUAAUCUUUGGGAAUUGGGGGAUGUAAGGGGAUUGUGGGAUGGUCCGUAGUGUUUAGGAGGCGAUUUUAAUGUAAUUAGGUUUUUGGAAGAAACAAAUAAUCCCAGACAGAGGGUGACCACGAGCACGAGGAAGUUUAAUCAAUUUGUGGAAAGCUUUGAACUUAAAGAAAUCCCAUUGGCCCGCAGUAGUUACACUUGGUCCAACUUACAAGUGAAUCCCAUUUGCUCUAAGUUGGAUAGAUUUCUUUUUUUUGGUGGAUUGGGAGGAACAUUGGGGUAGCUUGGCCUCUAGAGCACUUCCAAGAGUAACUUCAGACCAUUGGCCCAUUAUGACUGGUAUGGAAGAGAUGGGAAGCACAGGGCCUGCACCUUUCAGAUUUGAGAAUAUGUGGCUUCUUCACCCGGGUUUUAAUAAUAAAACCAAGGAGUGGUGGUUAGAGAGUGACCCUGUAGUCGAAUGGAAAGGAAUGAGGUUCCAUAAGAAAUUACAACUAUUGAAGGGUAAAAUCAAGGAAUGGCACAACUUAGAAUUUGGGCGGUUGGAAGAGAGAAAGCAAACGGUAAUUGAUCAAUUGGAAGAUCUGGAUGGAAAGGAGGGGAGGGGAGAGCUAACACAAGAGGACAAUGAACAGAGGUGGAAUUUGUGGAAACAACUGGAGGAUGAAUUGUUCAAGGAGGAAGUCAGUUGGAAACAAAAGUCAAGGUGUAUAUGGUUGAAGGAGGGAGAUAGGAAUACAAAAUUUUUUCAUGUUUGGCAAGUGGGAGAAGAAGGAAGAAUUUUAUUUCAAACUUGGAAAUAGAGGGGAUAACCUUAUCUGAUCAGGGGGAGAUUGCUAGGGAGUUUGCUAAUCACUUUAGGUCUAUAUACAAAAAACCCUUAAGUAAUAGGGUUUGGAUUGAGGGGAUGGAAUGGCCGAGGUUGAGAUCAGAAGAUAAGGAGUGGUUGGAGAGAAAAUUUGAGGUGGAGGAGGUCAAGGAGGCAGUAUUCUCCAUGGAUAGAUCAAAGGCUCCGGGCCCAAAUGGUUUUACGAUGGCAUUUUACCAGGAUUGUUGGGAGGUCUUGAGGGAAGAGCUAAUGUUAGUAUUUGAAGAGUUCCACAAGAGAGAAGUGAUUAACCCGGGGUUGAAUUCCACAUUUAUUGCUUUGGUUCCCAAGAAGAGAGAGGCAACACAUCCAAGUUAUUAUAGACCUAUUAGCCUAGUGAACGGUCUAUAUAAGAUCAUUGCGCAGGUGUUGUCCCUUAGGAUUAGAUAGGUGCUCAAUACCAUCAUCUCAAAUAAUCAAGGAGCUUUUGUGAGGGGCAGGCAAAUCACUAAUCAAAUUCUUAUAGCAAACGAGAGUGUGGAGAACUUCAAGAGAUGUAAGAAGGGGGUAGUCUGUAAGCUAGAUUUGGAAAAAGCUUACGACUUGGUAGACUGGUUCUUUUUGUUGGAGGUGAUGACUAAUUUUGGGUUCGGUGAUAGAUGGGGCAGAUGGGUGUUGGGGUAUAUUAGGUCUUGCCACUACUCUAUUUUGGUGAACGGAACGGUGGUAGACUUCUUCCCAGCAUUGAGGGGAAUAAGACAAGGAGACCCCCUUUCUCCUUUCUUGUUCACCUUGAUUGCGGAAGUACUAGGGGGUCUAAUCUCUAAGGCAGAUUCUAGAGGGCUAAUUAAGGGUUGGAGAGUUGGCAGGGAGAGUAUACCACUAACACACUUGCAGUUUACAGAUGAUACGAUUUUGUUUUGUGAGGGGGGGACAUGAAUUGGAUUAGAAAUGUGAAACUUACAGUACAACUAUUUGAGCAAAUGUCCAAUCUGAAAGUUAAUUUUGAUAAAAGUUGUGUUGUAGGUGUGAAUAUGGGGGGAAGUGAGAUCCUUGAGUGUGCAAAUAUUUUGGGUUGUGGACUUUUGAAUUGACCUUUGAUUUACCUCGGUCUUCCUCUAGGAGAUAAUCCUCAAAAAGGAGGUUUGAAAAGAGACUUGCUUCUUGGAAGAAAAACCACCUAUCUCUUGGGGGAAGAAUUACCUUAAUCAGGUCUACCCUAGCUAAUCUACCCAUCUAUUAUCUCUUAGUCUUUAAGGUACCUGCAGGGAUUGCUAGUAAGUUGGAAAAAUUAAUGAGGGACUUCUUGUGGGAACCGGGAGAGGAAAAAAAGGAUCAUAGGGUUAGAUGGGAGAUGGUGUGUAGGAAUAAGCAGGAUGGAGGGCUAGGCAUUGGGAAUAUUAGGAAGAGGAAUUUGGCUUUGCUAGGGAAAUGGUUGUGGAGGUUUUCUGAGGGAGAAACUGUGGACGAAGAUAAUUUAUAGUAUUCACGGUCUUGCAGAGAAUGGUUGGGACUCUGGGAUUCCGGCUUAUAGCUACAAGAGCAUCACCUUGGAAUUCAAUCCAAGAUGUUUUGCCUCUCUUCUCUCCUUGGAUCAGGUAUGAUUUACACUCGGGUAAUCUCACAAAGUUCUGGGAACAUGUUUGGGUUGGGAAGACCCCUUUGAAAGAACAAUUUUCGGCUCUAUUUGCAAUCUCCACCCUAAAAAAUGAACCAAUUUCUAGUUUCCUCAAACUCAAAUUCCGGGUUUGCUUGAAACUUGGGUUUGAGAAGAGCACUCAGGGACAUAGAACUGGUUAAUGUUUCAUCUGUUUUGUCCAUUCUUGAGGGGAUCUUCUUGGAACCCACAAAGACAAAUAGUAGGAUCUGGUCUUUGUCUCCCUCUGGAUCCUUCACUUGUGCAUCCUUCUUUAAAGUCCUGAUAUAACCAGAAAUUCUUUUUGGUCUGUCAUUCCCUGUCAAGGAAGUGUGGUGUAAACCUAUACCUCCGAGGGUUAGGAGCUUUUGUUGGGAAGUUUUCCUUGAAAGGAUCAACACAGGUGACCUACUUCAAAGAAAAAGACCCAAUAGUUGUUUAUCUCCACACUGGUGUGUUUUACGCAAAGUUGCUGGUGGACACCUCCAAAUAGUCUGCAAAGCUUGUUUUCCUCUUCACCUAUUGAAUGCUCAACGAAAACAUCAAGAAUUAUGUGGAGAUGCGUGAGAGCUGCUGUUUGUUGGACACUAUGGGAGGAAAGAAACGGAAGAAUCUUCUCGGAAAAGGAGAGAGGCUUGGAAACUUUGGUAGAGUUGAUUCAUAUAAGAGUAAUACACUGGCUAAAGACAAUGAAGGAGUUUACAGAUUUUUCAACAAAUGAUAUGCUAAGAAAGUGGAAAGAAGUUGCUAGCUCAGUUACAAGGAAGAAUAUUUUGAAUCUCAUGUGGAACCCUCCACCUCAUGGUUUUGUCAAACUAAAUUUUGAUGGCAGUAGCAUGGGGAAUCCAGGGCCUUCGGGUAUUGGGGGAUCCUAAGGGAUGAGAGAGGUAAUGUACUAAUGUCCAAUUGGAGUGGGAGACUCCUUGAGGGCUGAGCUUUUAGCAGUGUUGGAAGGGGUACAAAGGGCCAAAGAAAUUCAAGUCAAGAAACUGCYUAUAGAAGGAGAUUCUGUGAUUGUUGUGAAUUGGCUGAAAGAAGACACUUCCAAGAUGUGGAGCUACAGCAAUGAGAAAAGAAAAUUCAAGUGGCUGAUUAAGGAUAUGGAAGUCCAAUGUACAUGGGUUAGAAGAAAUGCUAACUCCUUUGCUGAUGGAUUGGCUGGGCAAGGAUUUUUUAGAAAUUCUGGGUUUUAGGCUCAAUUGUGAGGGUCUGAGUGUUUAAAUAAGUUGUACUUCUUUUCUGGGGAGUUAAGUAUCUUUAGCUCCCCUUCCCUGUAA